AUGCUACAGAACAGCCACGCGGUUGUGGGAGGGAGAUGGUCCGGGAAGAUGGUGAAUGGAAUCGGCGGCGGCAAAGAAAACCAGCUGGUGUCGCUGCUGUUGUCUCGCAUCCGGGUGAUCAUGAAGAGCUUGCCUGAGGUCUCCAACAUCAACCCGGACACCAUUUUCCUCACG